GCCGAGAGACCGACCCGGGACCGGCGGGGCCCGCCAGCGAUGAGCUCGCCGUUUGCUCCCCUUCGGGACCCGCUCAGCGCCUCCGUCCCAAUGCCUGCGAUGAUCUGAGCGGCGGCGAGGGCGCCACGAGCCGGGGUCCCAGACACGUUCCGCCUCUUCCCCCCCCUCCCCUUCCCUCCUCCCGGACGAUCCGGCCCGGCCCGGCCCGCGACGUGCGGUGACCCCCUCCCCCUUUCCCUUCCCCUCUUCCCCUUGCCCCUCCCUAGCCGGGCCGCCGCCACCGCCUCGGACCUGGGACCCGCUUCUUCUUCUGCCGCUUUCGAACUAAAGCAUCAAGACAUAAUGGGGGCAUUUUUAGAUAAGCCAAAGAUGGAAAAGCAUAAUGCCCAAGGACAAGGUAAUGGGCUACGUUAUGGGCUAAGCAGUAUGCAAGGUUGGCGAGUUGAAAUGGAAGAUGCACAUACAGCUGUGAUUGGUUUGCCAAGUGGACUUGAUGGAUGGUCGUUCUUUGCUGUGUAUGAUGGGCAUGCUGGUUCCCAGGUUGCCAAAUACUGCUGUGAGCAUUUGUUAGAUCACAUCACAAAUAACCAGGAUUUUAAAGGAUCUGAAGGACCACCUUCUGUGGAAAAUGUCAAGAAUGGAAUCAGAACAGGUUUUCUGCAGAUUGAUGAACAUAUGAGAAUAAUAUCAGAGAAGAAACAUGGUGCAGACCGAAGUGGGUCAACAGCAGUGGGUGUCCUGAUUUCUCCCCAGCAUACAUAUUUCAUCAACUGUGGAGACUCAAGAGGUUUACUUUGUAGGAACAGGAAAGUUCAUUUCUUCACGCAAGAUCACAAACCAAGUAAUCCUUUGGAAAAAGAACGUAUUCAGAAUGCAGGUGGUUCUGUAAUGAUUCAGCGUGUGAAUGGCUCUCUUGCUGUGUCUAGGGCACUUGGAGACUUUGAUUACAAAUGUGUCCAUGGUAAAGGUCCUACAGAGCAGCUUGUCUCACCAGAGCCAGAAGUCUAUGAAAUUGAAAGAUCAGAAAAAGAUGAUCAGUUCAUCAUCCUGGCAUGUGAUGGUAUCUGGGAUGUUAUGGGAAAUGAAGAGCUCUGUGAUUUUGUAAGAUCCAGACUUGAAGUCACUGAUGACCUUGAGAGAGUGUGCAAUGAAGUAGUGGACACCUGCUUAUAUAAGGGAAGUCGAGACAACAUGAGUGUGAUAUUGAUCUGUUUUCCAAGUGCACCAAAAGUAUCACCAGAGGCAGUGAAGAAAGAGACAGAGUUGGACAAGUACCUGGAAAGCAGAGUAGAAGAAAUCAUAAAGAAGCAGGGCGAAGGCGUACCAGACUUAGUCCAUGUGAUGCGCACAUUAGCAACUGAGAACAUCCCAAACCUCCCACCAGGGGGUGAACUGGCAAGCAAGCGGAGUGUAAUUGAAGCCGUUUACAAUAGACUGAAUCCUUUCAGAAAUGAUGACACUGACUCUACAUCAGCUGAUGAUAUGUGGUAAAAACUUCUCAUCUAGCCUGGAGUUUACCUUCAUCCUCCCAAGGAAGUACAGCCCAACCUCACUGAACCUUCCUAACAUCCAUCUUCAGUGUUAAAGAAGGGGACACUAUAAGGGUGAGCAAGAUGACACCACAGAACUACAGCAGUACAACAACUAGCCCAGAACUGAUCCUUUUUUUUUUUUUAUAAAAUUGAGACUUAUGUAAACGUGAUUUCAAACCAUAAUUCAUGUUGUAAAUCAGACUUCAGCAAUUUUUGUUGUAUGAUUUUUUUUUUUGGUAAAGUGCAAUUGUCCUUGUACAAAAUGCUCAUAUUUAAUUAUGAACUGCUUUAAAAAUCCCUAUCAAAGUUUAAAAUGUUUGGCUUGUUGUGUGAUGCAACAGAUAGGUGGGUAGCCCUUUAAAUUCAUGUUGUGUUUUGGAUCUGGGGUGGGGGUGGGGGAAGCGGCAGCCUGACCAGUGAGAUGCUCAAAAAUACACAUGAUUAUGAAGAAAAAUUGCAAAAGUCUUACAGAGAUGAACAUCCAUGAAGUUAUUCAAACACCCUUAAUUUUCUUGGCAGUGGGCUAGCAUAAGAAUAUAGCUAGUUCAUUCAUAAACUCUUUCAGGAUGUUUUUUUUCCUUGUUGCCGCUUAUUAUUGCAGGUAAUAGUGUAUUCAUAAGAAUAUUGAUCAUGGGGCUAGAAUGCCUUGAUUCUUUGCACCUCUUUUGCAAGUCCUUACAUUAAAUUACUAAUUGAUAAGGAACAGCUUCCUACAUAGAGUAGGAAUCUGUAGCAUUUUUACUAUCAUGAUUGGCUGGGCCUGCUGCUGUUCCUAGUAAAAUAUUCUGAACUCCAUUUUAUCAAUAAAGCUUGAUUUUAACAAACAAGACAUUUAAUCAUGUAUGUGUAAUUCCUCUUUUUCUCCCCCUGCCUUUUAAAAUGUCAUGUCAUUGUAAAUGAGGGGUUUCAGGUUUGUAGACAUGAAGACCCAUUUUUAAAAUGGACCACAAUAUUGCCCAAGGCAUAGAUAGAAUUUCUCUCCCUCCCUUAGGUGGACUAGAGGAUUUAAAUAACUCUUAUUCCUUAAUCUAUUUUAAAAGGGUUUCUUUCAGACUGCCUAUUUUUCAUUCAGAAGUGCAUCAGCUUGAAUUUAUCCACCAUUUAAUGAAAAUGUUAGUCGAAGCCUGACAAUCUAACACUUUAUGGUGUGUGUGAAUGUGUUUGUGUGUUUUAAUUGACCCACUUAUUUAGAAUACUUAGUGGUUACAUUUGUGAUUUGAAAUAGAGCAUGUUGACCACAUUAAAACAUUGGUCAUUAAAAAUAAUUUUCAAAAGUUAAGGAAUUAUAGAUAUCAAAAUAAAAUUAUCUUAUUUUAGGCUUAUCUUCUCCCUUUGAUCAUAUGAAAGUAAGUUUUCAAAUCAAAUCAUGUUGACAAACUACUGUUUUGUGCUCUUUUGUAUUGUUGUCUCUUUAGGUUGAGAAUAUUGUAUUAUCAGUAUGUAGUUUUAAUCAUUCAGUAGGCAGAUUUCUUCACAGGAAAGUCAUUAAAAUGUAAGAUUUAACCCUUCAUCUAAUACAAAAUCAAAACUGGUGUAAAAAUGUGGUAUGAUGCUCUCUAUUUACUCUAUUUGUCUUUUCCCUAAUUUGGGAAGACACAUAUUUGUGUAUAUAUACAUAAUAUGUAGCCUUAAAACUAAUGCAAGGUUAAAGAAUAUUGGACAAAGUAAUUUAAAAUGUCUCAGAUUUAAGUAUAGUUAAUAUACCAGCAAAAUCCUUCCUUUCUCCCUCUUAUGUGGGGUGAUUAAACAUAACUUAAUUGUCUUUUUGUAUCCUGUAUCAGCAUGAAUGAAGAAAAUAUAAAUACUACUUGACUUUAUAAGUUUAAAGUUAUUUGGGUUAAAGACCACUUCCUUCUAAUGUCUAAUUCCAUUGUAGAAUGAAAACUAUCAUAAUGUCCUAAGUUAUAACUUUGUGCACUUACACAAAGUUAAUGUGUAGUUGUUAUGACCAGUGAUUUUGACUACCAGUACAUACAUACCAACGUAGAAAGCUGAACUCUUCUUAGGACGAGCCUGUUCUUUACUGUGUAGACUAAAGUUUAGUUCUACAAACAACAAACUUUGAACUAGACUAUGGAAAUUUUUGAGAUGUAAAAUCUUGAAUCACAAAUAGAAUUGUGGCAGAAAGCCAUAUUUCAAAUCAUAAUCACACAGAAUGUCAUAAUGAAAUUUAUUUAAAAACCAUUUUGAGAGGCCCUAUCUAAAGAAUGAGAACAUAAAAACAUUCUACUGUUACAGUUGCCAGCAUUUCACCUGGGGCUGAAGGUGAAAGAAAUGUCUAAAAUAAUUUAUUCUGGCUUUGUAAUUCAGUACUUAACUGUGGUCUGAGAACACUGAAUCUAUUAUCUGUGAAUAAACACUGCCGUGCUAGGUACUAAUUUCAAUUAUGAAAAUACAUGCAAUGAAUAUGUAUACGUUAUUAGAACAAUGGACUAUAUGUUUUUACUAUUCCCUGAAAAAAUAUUAACCAUACUUUUAAAAGGCACUUUUUUGCACCUUUGUUGUGUAUUUCAUUUAUUGUACCUAUUCAAUUUUUGUUGUUGUGCUAAAAACUUUAGCACCUCAGGGGCUGUGCCACAUAUUUUUGAAGUGUCAUGUGCUGUUUCCCUUUUGCGGAAAAUUCUUGUGUGGUAACAGUGUUGUAAUGUGGUAUCCAAAUGUACUUUGAUUUAAACUGUUCUGAUAGAAUGGACCCAGUUUACCUAUUUAAGAAGGAAAUGGCAUGUUGUAUACAAAUCCACUUUUCAUAAACCAUGCAGAUAUGUUCCCUUUACUUAACUUAGCUUCACUGGUUUGUCAAUUUUUGUGCGUACUGUCAGCCAGAUAAAAUGUCUUAAUGGUUACUUUGGGUACAUGUACCUUUUAAUAGGUAACUGUUUAAUGUUCUAAGCAAUUUUCAAUAUUAACAUUGACUUUUAGAAAUCAAUAUAUUCUUUAUUUUAUCAAUUCAGCAUUAAAGAUUUAUUAAAUGAAACUUUUAUUUUAGUUAUAAAAUAUUGUGUUGACCUGCUCUUGUUGUAGAUUAAGAACCACGCCAGAAAUUGCUGAUUUUAUUUCCUGAUUUCACAUAGGUAAAAAAAAAAAGUCAGAAUUUUAAAAAAGAAAUGAAUGUAUAUAAUUAAGGCAUUUUGAAUUACAAGUGGUUUCAUUCCUAUAAUACAAUCCCUUUGAUGGUAUUUUGUAUGCUAUCCACUAACAUACCUUCCCAGUUAAUAUUUAUUGAACUCCUUGUAUGUGCUGGGCACCGUGGAGGAUUCAAGCAGGUCCUAACCGUAAGAAGCUUUCAGUGUAGUAGAGAAAUUUAACUUUUGUGUGUGGCUUAGUGCUACAUGCAAAUCAAAUUAAGCCAUAAAAUUGAUAUCAUUUGCCCUUCAUCGUUCCUUCCUGCCCCUUUUCCUAUCCUUCAAAUUGAAAUCCUUUUUAAAAAAAUCUGUGCUUAGCAUAGGGAUCUGAAAUUUGGUAUGUGAAGAAUUAAGCUUAUUCUAUGUGCGCUAUAGAUUUAACUAAAGAUAUAUAGCAGGAAGAAAACCAUGAAUCUUUCAGGAAGAAAACCAUGAAUUACUUGGACCCUAGAAAUAUUAGGUUUGAGCUUUAAUUUUUAGUUCUGUCAAAAAAUGUUUUCUACAGCCAGUGCCAUCAUUAAUUAGCAGCUCAAGUCAGUAGUCUGUUCCUUUUCAGCAAAGUGGAUGUUUGUGGCUUAAUUGUAAUUUCACUUCCUCUAAUUAUUGAACAUUUAUUUAGGAAUUCAAUAUUUUACCCUAUUGUGCUAUUGAAAAAUUGUUUCAUUCUUUAAGACUCAAUGGAAAGGUUAAAUUAGAAGUUUAAGGAAUCUAGUAUUUUGAUUUCUAGUUGUACAGUAUUACUCUAGCAUAUGGUAUUAGUAUAAAAGUUUUCAUGUAAAUAUAUCAGAAUAUAAAAACUGUUUCAAGUUGCGUAAUUGUACGCUUUGAGGGAUCCCAAUAACCUUCUUACAAUAUGGAUUUGCAAACAUUGCGGAGGAAAUGACCAUUUUGGUUAAAUAACAGUGGUCCAAAUUUCUAAUGGAUUUAUUUUCCUUUAGGUAUUGGGAAGUUUCGUGGUUUUCUUUAUCCAUAAAAGUUUAUUUUAAUAGUUAAUAAUGUGAAAUUUUGGAUAUCUGAUUCUUCUUUAUGUCUUUUAUUCAUAUGCCACCACGAUGUAUGCCAUUCAUUUGUGUUUGUUAAAUUGAGGCCCUUCUUUUUAAAAGUAAACACUUCAGAGAGCUAAAAAUAGGUGUUUUUUCAAUAUCUUCCAAAUUCAUACGUGUAGUUUUGUUAAGGAGAAAAACACCUGUUCUUUGUUAAACUAUAAGUGAUUCUCAAUUAUUCUGAAUAAUAAAGAAAUAAAAUGGAAUUUGCCUUUUUCUGUUUCACCAUCAAGUGGGCAUUUUCCAUUUUUAUUUACUUUGGCAUAGCUGGAUUCUUUCCCUUUUACCUACUUGCUAUUUUAAGCUGUUUGCUCAUGGCCCCAUGAAAUUUCUAGCAAAUGCUUAGAUGAAAGGAUUCAUUAGGAUAAUUUUAGCUGACAAUGGAACUCUAUUGGCCAUUUACACUUUUAUUUCAUAACUGAGAAGAACAAGAAAAAGAGGGGCCUGUUUGAUCAGUUUGCUGGGUAUGUAGCAAAGUGAUAACGGUGUUUUUUCACUUGUCCUGCAUAAAAUGCCUCGUCCUUCUUUUCUCUAGUUUUUUCUCCUUUAACUUUAUCUGACUGAAACAGGCCAAUUUAGUUUGUUUGGCUAAGAAUGCUUGGUGUUUAAUCUUAUUAUAAUGAGAGAGGGCAUAUUUAAAGGUAUCUGAAUGCCUAAUAACUUUGAGGGAUCAAGGUCAGAAUCUAAUUUCAUUGGGGUGGAGAACUCUUCAAGUGAAAACUGCCUCCAUUGUUACAGACUCCUCUGCAGCUUUUAUGGUCUUAGGUAUUGCUUGGAGUCAUUGUCAUAGGCUACAUAAUUUGUGCAUUGUCCUUCCUAGUGCUUGUUUGUGUUAAGACAGGAAUUCAACUGGGGUCUUCCAGACUCCAAGACUAGCCCCCUAUCCAUUAAUGGCACCAUGCUGCCUGUUAUUGAAUGAUAUUUUAAAAUAGCAUUAAAAUAAUGAAAGAAGUAGCUGGGGAUGUCAGGAGGAGUGGGGAUGAAAAGAGUAGGUCUUAAUUAUUUUAGAAGGUAUAAUAGGUUCGGGGGUCCAGUCCCACUGUGAAUCAUUAAUGCUGUUUCAUCAUGUCAGGAAAAUCCAACCUUAACUUCAACCAAUAUCACUUUUUGCUGCAAGAUUGGUGAUAAAAGUUAUUGUUCCAUCAACAUGGAAAUAACUUUUAAAAGAAUUAUAUUAGUGUAGCCACUUAUAUUUUUUCUGAACUCAUCUAAAAGCAGUGUUUGCUAUAAAACUCUUCCUCUUUCAUAUUAUCACUGCACCAAGACCCUCUAAUAAUCCUAAUUCUAUGAGUCAUUUAAAUUUUUCUGCUAAUUACUUUCUCAUCCACCUUAAGGUUUAGAAAAAUUGCGUAGAGCCUUUUUGUUCUUUUGAACACAGAACGUUUUGAUCAUCCAGGAAGUUACUAUUUAAUAACAUUUGCAAAUAUGUGUAGUACUUUUUGAAGCAACUUAGAUUUGUGUACAUAGUCGGCUCUGAACCUACUUUCCUAAUUCAGUCAUUGCAGGUAUAAUCGAUGAGAGCCAAAAAUGCCAUAUGCAUAGUAUAUUUAUAUAAUGGUUAUUGUACUGCUAGACGCACGCACGCCGAGCAUGCAAACCCCAAACAACCAAACCCAACAAUUAUCAGAAUGCCAUGAACUCAAUUAACUUUAGCGAAGCUUGUUUAAGUUUCAGGGGGUUGAGGAGGUGCUGGGAGGCAAGAAUUUUGCAAAAGUCUGAAAUGGAGAGUUUCUUUCUCAAAAUAACUAAUGUCCGGGCUUUGUUCUGCAAAGCAGAAUGUACCCUGUAGCUUUUAAAAAUUUUAUGUCGUAAGUAUUGAAAGGUGAAGGGAAAUGAUACUGUUAGGACUAAAUCUUUUUCUUUUUUAAUCUUUGAGGAAUAUAAUCCUUUUCUAAGAAGAUUUGGCCCUGGAAACUUAACUGACAGAAGAUUAAGUGGAGUUAAAAAAAAAAAGAUUUAUAGUAGAAACACUGACCCAAAUAAGGCACAUAUAGUGUAGUGCUUGCUAUGCAUACUUUAUUAUCCACAUACUUUAUUGUCAGAGGUUCACUAAUUUGUUUUUUUAUUCAUUGCUGUUGUUAGAAUCCACUAAAUAUUAUGCAUAUAUUCAGGGCAUCUCAGAUUUCAAGGUAUGAUAAUUUGAAGUACUAAUAGAGAAGAAAUUAAUAAUUCUCUCCAACUUUUCCAGCCACCAGCCCAGGAUUAAUGACAUUUCUUAUAAAACAUAUAUCCAAUAAAAAGAAGGUUUGGCUAUUAACUGAAAUUUAAAUUUUUUGUCACUAAUUGGGAUGUCUUUAUUAAUUUUGGACCCGUCUCUAAUUAGUAGAAGACCCAUUUUGUAUGCCUUUAGAAUUAGAAAAAUCACUCUUCUCUCACCUAAUGCCCUCUUAUGAACUCAAUAUCUUCAUUGGAGAAAACACAUCUCAUUUGUAGUGCCAUGCAAUGUUGAUUGUUUUAGCUCCUAGCAUAAUAUUCAAAAUUUUUUGUGAAAAUGUAAUUUUUCCCUUUAAAUUGUAUUAAUAUUACAAAUGAAGACAUGUCAGCUUAAAAAGCAUGUUUGCAGAAUACUUAGCUUCGUUAUAAAAUUUAUAAUUUUGAGACUAAUAUACAAAAGCAGAGCUAUUUUUUCCUUGAAUACAAUGUAUAAUAUUCUCCACAGUGAUUACCCACUAUUUGCAGUUUAUGUGAUCCAAAAUGUGUUUACGAUAAGUUCAAUAAAUGUAUAUUUUGUACUGUGUAUCAGUUUCUGGUCCCAAAGAAAAUGUGUGAAUUUAGUUUCUAACUCUUUUAAGAUGUACUCUCUGUUUGGACUCCAUUGAAGAAUUGCAUUAAGCCUGUAAAUGGUUACAGAUUGUAUAUGGGAAAUGGGACUUAGAAAUAAUUUAUAGUUUGCCAAAAACAAUGGUGCCACUAAAUAAUAAACAGGCAAUUGCAUAA